CUUUGCAUUGGACGCACCCUCAAUCCCAGUCUAAUCUGCUCCGGUUUAUCGAAUUUCCUUUUAAAUCCGGCAAACCAACUGCAGACAGAUGUUUAUUCAGUGUUUAGUCUCUGGUCUAGUUUCGCACAAAACUUAGUUCACGGUCGGUGCUCUCUUUGAAGAUACGUUUCACAGCAAGCAGUCAGCUGUCUAUUAGCUAUUUAAUGGUAAAUAUGAAUUAAAUAGCUAAUGACGUUAGUUACUUAGCCAGCUACGCAACAACACGAUAAACUGUUGUGGAGAUGUACAAGACAAACAUUGUGCUGCGUGCAAAGUGAGAAGGUUUCUUUGCAAUGGAACCUCGUUUGACUCAUGAAAUUGAACUGAACAAGAGGUAUGAAGAAAUAUUGAAGAGAAGGACCACUUUACUUCAAGAGAUGGAGAAUCUACACGAGCAGCAUGAAAAUAAGAAAAAGCAACAUACCAUGGAUGUGGAAGCUGCAAUUGAAAGAAAUGCUCAACUCCUUCAUGACUUGCAGAAAAUUGAAAGUCGCUUGAAAACAAGAUCUUUCACUCACCCUGAUAUUCUCAGUCUUGAGGCUCGUUACUGGGCCUCUGUGGAGGAGAAGAUUCCGGAAUGGGAGCCUUUCUUGCUGGGGAGGGGGCCCACUCCAGUUAGAGAUGGGGAAAAAUCACAGAGGAAGACAAGGAGGAAGAAAGGGUCAUCUCAGGACAGCCCCCCCACACACACUGUGACCAGUUUGCCUCCUCGCUCCAACCCUAAAACUGUAUCCUGACCGUUUCUGCUGUUCCACAUUACCUACUUGGAUGUGAUCUUUCCUGGUUUGAAAAGUUUUGGAACCUUUGUACAAGUUUGAGCGAAGUGGGUUGCGGUCCGUGUGGACCUCAAACUGGGAAACGGCUUAACCCAGGAACAUAAUGCAGUAUAUGGCAAAGCAAUCUGUGUACAGUGCUGUGAAAAAAGUAUUUGCCACCUUCCUGAUUUCCCCUAUUAUUGCAUAUUUGUCACACUGAAUGGCUUCAGAUCUUUAGACAACAUAUAAUAUUGGACAAAGGGAACCUGAGUAAACACAAAACACAUUUUAAAAAUUAUUUUGUUUAUUGAAUGAAAAACAUUAUCGUACACCCAUGUGAAAAAGUAAUUAAUAAACGUAACUGGUUGCACCACUUUUAGCAGCAA